CGAUGCAUAUCCGAUGGGCUGCCGGCUGACCGAGCCCAAUCAAAAUCGUAACCGAAAAAAGGGUCCCUAUGUCUCCAUUCUUUUGACCUCUUCCUGUUUUGUUUCCUUUAUUACUCCGAUUCCAUCGCUCCCCACCUCUCAUUCCUUUUGCUUUUCCUCGUCUUCCUCCUCUACCAUGCUUCCGUUAGUCUGUUAAGAUUUUUUUUAUUUGUUGGUUUUUCUUCGGUUUUCGUCAAAGACAAAAUGGAAUCGACCCAAAUCCAAUCGGAAAAUGCAAGGGACUCGGCAGAAGAGAUGAUCAAUCCGGGACAGCUUGAAACAAAUCCCGACGGAAAUGGUUCUGUUUUCAAGGAGAAUGAUCGGGCAGAAGAAGGUCAUGUGGAUAAACUGACUUCAGAGUCCGCAGAAUUCUCCGAUAUAGAGAUCCAGCCUGAGAAGAGGGAAUUACUACACCCAGAAGACGAUGCACAACUAGAAGAAAAAUAUCGGGAAGACAUCAGACAAACAACGUCUUCUGUGCCCGAAGAAUCUGGCCCCGACUCGCAUGGUUUGAAUAAUGUGAAGGACGACGUUAAGAUUAUCCAACCUCAUACGCAGCUCCCUAGGCCAGAGGCCCCCCCAGGGCUUUCGAGUUCAAACGGCCCCGUAUCUUUUCAACGGUCGCAGUCUUUGUCCGUGGACAUGCCGUCGAUCGGGAAGCUCAUCCGCGAGAGGAGCAACAGCCUUUCGUCGGCGAUCGUGAAACGACUGUCUUCUCUGAAAGAAAGCAACAACAACAGCAGCAACAACGCGGACGAUUCGAAGAAGGGACCAAACUCGGGCGACGUGACCGAGUUCAAUCUCUCGGGGCUGAAGGUGAUCGUCAAGGUCAAGAACGACUUGGAACUCAAAGGCCGAAUCAGCUUUUUCUCGAGGUCCAAUUGCCGGGAUUGCACUGCGGUCCGAAGGUUCUUCUGCGAGAAGGGACUGAAAUUCAUUGAAAUCAACAUCGACGUGUACCCUCAGAGAGAGAAGGAGCUCAUCGAGAGGACUGGGAGCUCGUCCGUACCGCAAAUAUUCUUCAACGAGAAACUGUGGGGUUUGGUGGCGUUGAACUCACUGAGAAACAGUGGCGGAUUUGACAGGAGGUUGAAGGAGAUGCUUGGUAGCAAAUGUCCCGAUGACGCGCCUGCACCGCCAGUUUACGGAUUUGAUGAUACCGAGGACGAACAGACGGACGAGAUGAUCGGGAUCGUCCGGGUUUUGCGGCAGAGACUGCCCAUUCAGGACCGUCUGAUGAAGAUGAAGCUCGUUAAAAACUGUUUCUCUGGGAGCGAGAUGGUGGAGGUGCUGAUUCAGCACUUGGACUGUGGUCGCAGGAAGGCUGUUGACAUUGGAAAGCAACUGGCCAAAAAACAUUUCAUCAAUCAUGUGUUUGGGGAAAAUGACUUUGAAGAUGGGAACCAUUUUUAUCGUUUCCUUGAGCACGAACCCUUUAUUCCUAAAUGCUUCAAUUUCCGAGGAUUUGUAAACGACUGCGAGCCCAAGCCUGCAGCUAUGAUUGGCCAAAGGCUAAACAAGAUCAUGUCUGCCAUUCUGGAGUCAUAUUCGUCCCAUGACAGGCAGCAUGUUGAUUAUGUGGGUAUCAGCAACAGUGAGGAAUUUCGGAGGUAUGUAAAUUUGGCUCGAGAACUUCACCGGGUGAACUUCGUAGCUCUCUCUGAAAAUGAAAAGCUAGCCUUCUUUUUGAACCUGUACAAUGCCAUGGUCAUCCAUGCAGUAAUAAGGAUAGGGUGUCCAGAGGGUGUAAUUGAUAGGAGAUUCUUUUUUUCCGAUUUCCUAUACGUAGUCGGAGGGCAGCCCUAUUCCCUCAAUACAAUUAACCAUGGGAUCCUCAGAAACAACAGGAGAGCCCCAUACACCUUUGUCAAGCCCUUUGGAACUGGAGACAAACGUUUGGAGUUUGCUCUUUCCAAAUUUAAUCCAUUGGUCCACUUUGGGCUUUGUAAUGGGACAAGGUCAAGCCCAACAGUGAGGUUCUUCUCACCCCAAGGAGUUGAAGCCGAAUUGAGAUGCGCCACAAGAGAGUUCUUCCAGGCUGGUGGAAUGGAGGUGGACUUAGAGAAGAGAACUGUUUAUCUCACUCGAAUUAUUAAGUGGUGCAAUGUGGAUUUUGGAAAUGAGAAACAAAUACUGAAGUGGAUCCUCAAUUACUUGGAUGCAACAAAAGCAGGUCUUUUGACACAUCUUUUGGGGGAUGGGGGCCCUGUAUAUAUUGUGUACCAAGACUAUAAUUGGUCACUCAACUCUUGAACAUCCAUCCCUUCUUGGCCAUUGUUUGGACAUCAAAAAGUAAUUUUUGACACGUUUUGAUUUGAUUUGAUUCGAUUAGAUUCCAACCUGGCUUGGCAAGGGAGAUAUAUUGUAUAUAAUGCCUAGAUUUGAUACCUUUGGUCAUUAAAUGAACUAGUUUCAUGAUGCAAAAUAAGAUAAACUUGCAUUUUUCCAUGCA